GAGUGACUUAUUGAUCUUCUCCAGCUAGUUCUCGUAGGAAGUGCAGCUCCAAGCACCAAACCCCCCCGCCUUCCCCUUUCAAGAUGAGUUUCAGAAGUUAUUCCUCGCUGUCGACUCACGGUGGUCCCAUGUCCCUGCGGCGCUCUGUGCCCCUGCAGUCCAGCGCUAGCAGCAUCAGUGGCUUCGGCCAGAGAGUGUCCGUCAGCCGGGCGUCGAUAGCCCGGCCCGUAGGCAUGGUCAGCGGCGCCGGCAUCGGCAUCAGCAUCGGGGGGGUCAGCAACCAGAAAGAGACCAUGCAAGGCCUGAACGACCGGCUGGCCAGCUACCUGGAGAAAGUGCGCAGCUUGGAGACGGCCAACGCCAACCUGGAGCUGCAGAUCAAGGAGCAUCUGGAGUCCAGGGGAGCCAGCGUCCGUGACUGGAGCGUCUACGAGAAGCCGCUGAGUGACCUCCGCAAAGAGGUCUAUGAUAUGACCAUCGAAAAUGCUCGUUUGGUACUUCAGAUCGAUAAUGCUCGCCUGGCUGCUGACGACUUCAGAGUGAAGUGGGAGUCCGAACUGAGCAUCAGGCAGUCUGUGGAGAAUGACAUCAACGGACUGCGCAAAGUCAUCGACGACACCAACAUUGGGCGCCUGCACCUGGAAGGUGAGAUCGAGUCUCUCAAAGAGGAGCUCAUCUACAUCAGGAAGAACCAUGAAGACGAAGUCAAAGCUCUUCGCUCCCAGAUCACUGACUCGAGUGUGCAGGUUGAAGUGGACUCUCCUCAAGGUCCAGAUCUGGCUAAGAUCAUUGCUGAGAUCAGAAAUCAAUAUGAAGAGGUGGCACAGAGAAACAAGGAUGAUGCAGAGAACUGGUACAAGAACCAGAUAGAUAACUACAAAGUUGAAGUCGAACACAAUACUGAAGAACUGCGAGGUGCAAAGGUACAAGUCACUGAACUGCACCGCCAGGUACAGUCUCUGGACGUUGAGCUGGAGACUCUUCAAAGCAUGAAAAACUCACUGGAAGGCACUCUCAAAGAUACAGAACUGAGAUAUGAUAUGGAGCUGCAGAGCCUAAAUGGCGUGAUUGCCAAACUAGAGGGAGAUCUGUUUCAGAUGCGCAGUGAUAUGCAGUCCCAGGUCAGAGAGUAUGAAAGUCUCUUGAACGUGAAGAUGAAACUUGAGGCUGAAAUAGCAACAUACAAACGUCUGCUGGAUGGAGAAGACAUCAACGCACUUGUUGAGUCAACCUCUGGUGCCACCUCACAAACUAUCAAGAAAACGGUAGUCACCACUCAGAAACUCAUUGAUGGCAAACUGGUAUCUGAUGAGACAGUCCGCAUCAGCUAAAAGGCAUCAAGCUACAUUCGCCUUCCAAUUGUCAUGACCAAUCACUGGUAGUUGCAGUGAGAAAUGUAAUAGGCUGGAGUUUGUUGGCUUUUUGAAUAUUAUGAAAAAUAAAGAUCCUCUUUGACUUCCAA